AUGCCAACUAAAAUUCAAUUUCAAUGUGUCUAUUCAACAAGUUCAGAUGAACAAUAUCCCGCAAGUGAAUUAAAUCAUCAUGAACAAUUUGUUAAUGGUUGGCAAAGUAGUCGAUCAUGUUCAUAUCCACAAGAACUUAUUUUUCAGUUUGAAAGUCACGUACGAUUAAAACGACUUCAAUUACUUUCUCAUCAAUAUCUAAUAGCUUCGAAAAUUGAGUUUCAUGUUGGUAAUUGUUCAUCAGAUGAAGAACUAACAUAUAAAAAUGCUCGUUAUACAAAUUUAGGGUUUAUUGAACUGUCAACGAAUGAACUAACAGAUUUUAAAGCACGUGAACUUAAAUCAAUACAUGUUGAUGUUGAUGGAUUAUUCUUAAAAAUAGUAUUACAUAAAAAUCAUAAUAAUCGAUAUAAUGUGCAUAAUCAAGUUAGUCUGAUUGCAAUUAAUUUACUCGGUGAUGAUAUUGACAAAUUGCGUGAAAUUCAUGACAAUCAAAUUGAUUUGAUACCAAAUAGAUCUGAUCAAAUAUCAAUUGUUGAUGACCUAGCAUUUGCGAUGUUUCAAGAUCCAGAAAUUGCUGCAAUUAUUAGAAAUUUAGACAAAAAAAAACAAGAAUAUGUUCAGACUGAGAAAUUUGAUCAAGCCCGAAAAUUUAAACAAGCAAUACAAGAACUACUUAAAAUUGGUGAACGACUUGCUCGAUAUGAAAUGGAAAAACGACAAGCUAUUGAACGUGAAGAUUAUGAUACAGCACAAAAUCGAAAAGAAAAAGUUGAACUUUUUCGUACCGAAACAUAUAAACAACUUCAAGCACUUAAUUUACUUGAUAUUGUUAUGGAGAGUGGUGAAGGCACCGAAUUUUUGAAGCGUUUACAGGACAGUAAAAAUAAUGAACAACAACAAAAUGAUGAUGAUGAUAAUGACGAUGACGAUGAUGAUAAUGAUGAUGAUGAUGAGCCUCCGCGUUCAACAAAACAACAGAAUCAUGCACGUCCACAAAACUUACCACAACCACGUCGUUCAGCCGAAUCAGCCGUUUCUUAUGCUGCACAAUCGAUUGUACUGGAACCAUUACCAUCAUCACCAUUACCUCCGAUUGUUACUACAAUGAAACGAGCAAGUAUCGCUGCUAGUAUCAGUGGUUAUAAUUCACCAUUACCACCAAUUACGAGUUCAGUUAAAAGAGGAAGUGUUAUGGUUAGUAGAAAUGAACAUCCACUAUUGGAAUAUCAAAAACCAUCAACACCCUAUGAAGAUAAAAUAAUACCAACAUUACGGCAUCGUAUUCGUUCAGAUGGUGGACAUUUACCUGAAUCAGCAUUGGGACAAUAUGAUAAUGUUGGAAAAAAGAAUUUUACUGAUAUAGAUACAAUAUCUCGAGUAAUGAGUACAGUACCAGCUGAUGAUGCAACAGCAGAAUUAAAUCAAGCUGAAAUGAUUGAAGCAAAUCAAAUGAUGAUUGUUUUUGAUAAACAAUUGGUUAGCAAACUUUAUCAUCGAAAUCAUAUAGAACGUGAAGAAGCUUUAGAAGAAAUUUAUCAAAUAUUAAAUACAUUUUCUGGUAAUCAAGAAGAUGCUCGUGCAUAUUUACGUGCUGGUAGUUUUGUUUUAGCACGAAUGUUUCGUGUCGAUGUACUUGCAAUUUUUUCUCAAUCAGUUAAACUUUUUCAUUUAUUAAUGAAUGAUUAUGUUCAACGUCAUUCAAUUCAACGACAAGAUAUUAUAACAAGUUUAGAACGUGUUUUACCUGUUCUUUUACAACGUACAGGUGAUUCAAAUGCUCGUUUAAGAUUACGAGCUAUAGAAGCGAUUAUUGAAUCAGCAACAUAUCCAGAAUUAAAACCAUUACAAGUUAUACCACAUCAUUGCGUUUUUCCAUUUAAUAAAACAUGUGCACCAAGAUUAGCUAUAAGUCGAUGUGAACUUAUUGAAGAAUUAAUGAAAAUAUUAGAUGUUCAAAAAGGUGAUAAUGGUUUAAAUGUUGAUAAUGUUGGGAAAUUUUGUGCACAGGCAUUAGAACAUAAUGCUGGUGAAGUACGAGAAUUAGCUAUCAAGCUUCUACUCAGUUUAUAUAAAAUCCAUGGAGCAAUUGUAAAACGUUAUCUUCCACCUAACAAUGAUCAAACACGUCGGAUGAAAAAAUAUCGUGAUAUGUUCGAUGCAUUCGAUAAAAUGGAUGCAGGAAUGGAAAAAGAAUCAAAUAGUAAUUCAUUAGAUGGUGUAAAAAAAGUAAAUGAUCCAAAUGAUACAUUAAAACGUGAUACACAAAAACAAAUGCAUACUGCUCGUGAUCAACUCAAACCUUCAGAAGUAAGAGCUUCAGUGAGUAAAUCUCGAACACCUACUCGAUUCGAUCGGAAAACGCCAACGGCAAGUGUCGCUGAUGAAUCGGAAUUUACUCCGGAAAAUACAUGCAUAUUUUGUGGAGAGAAAAAUGAAGAUUUUAUUCGCAGUGGUCUUGAAACACAUUAUUGGGCAAGUUGUCCAAUGUUACGGCGAUGUCAAGAAUGCAAUCAAGUUGUUGAAAUUGGAAUUUAUAUUGAACAUUUAUUACGUGAAUGUGCAAAGAAAGGUAAAUAUCAACAAUGUCCACGAUGUACAGAAGCAAUUGGAAAUGAUUUUGAUAAUCAUAUUAAACUUAAAGAAUGUUAUGAAGCAAAAGCAAAUACAAAUCGUUGUCCAUUAUGUCAUAUGAAUGUUCAUGAAGGUGAAAAAGCUUGGCAUGAUCAUUUAAUGGGUGUUGAUGGUUGUAUAAAAAAUCCUCGACGUAUGAAAGCAUUAAAUAAAAAUAAAACUUCACAACAACAACAAAAAUCUGUUGUUGUUCCAACAUCACAAGUAAAUGUUAUGAAAAAACAAAGAAAAGUAUCAACAACUGUUAAAUAG